UGUGAAGGCAUAUAUGUCCGUUACUGUACAUACAUAUUGGUAUAUAUGUCCUUUUUUCUAUCGUAAUUUACCUUCCGUUUUCUUUCUUUCUACCAUGAUAGUGGCAUGGUGGCAUCUAUCAAUUGACCGGUAGCACAUUUGCAUUAGGUUUUAGAACUGUUUAGAACCGUUUAGAACGAGAAUAGGAGAAAACGUCAAAAUAAUAAUAAAAAGAAGACGAAAACGUGAUUGCACAUAUAGUGGUUCUUUGCAAAGUAUCGUGAUCUACCUGCAUCAUAAAGAAUUACACGUGGACAAUCUAUUUUUCUAGAAGGCCUGUUGUAUGUUCUUUUGAAAAUACAAUGGUGAUGGAGGAAUCAGAUAUGGAGCUAGCUUCGGAAAAUAUACCUGUUCCUCAGGUACAGCAUCCAAUAGUCGAUACAGUUAAACGCAGUAACAAGGGUGCUUCACGUGGUAAGCCAAGACUGAGAAAGAAGGCAUUGCACGCUUUGAUACGUAAGCAAAUGGAGUUCUACUUUAGUGACUCUAACUUGAGCAAGGAUCGUUUCCUGUCAAAACUUUUAAAAGAAAAUUCCUAUAUAGAUCUUGAGGUAUUUACAAAAUGUAACAAACUGCAAGAACUGACAACAGAUGAACACAUGAUUACCACAAAUAGGAUAGCUAAAGCUCUACAAGGAUCAACAAUGUUAAAAGUUUCAGAAGAUGGUACAAAGGUCUGCCGAGUAACACCGAUUCAAACAAAAGAGAAUGUUGACCAGUGUACAAUUUAUGUACAAAACUUACCGCCAGAUGCCGAUCACGAAUGGUUGAUAUCUGUUUUUUCAAAAUAUGGAACAGUAGACUAUGUCUCAAUUCCACGUUAUAAGAACAAUAGAAAGAUAAAGGGGUUUGCAUUUGUAGAAUUUGAUACACCCAACCAUGCUCAAGAAUGCCUUAAGACCUUCCAAAAAAAGGGAUGUGUUUUGCCAUCACAUGUAUCCCCCAAUGAACUAUUAAGUAUAACUACAUUUGAACCUCAAAAAGAUGUAAUAAUUGGAGUACUUGGUGAUCCAGAGACUAAGGAAAAAUUGAACAUUAAAGAAGAAAAAACAUCUAAUGAAGAAAUAUGGUCUAAAGAAAAUGUGCGCGAAGAUACAGAAGAUAAUAGUAGACAAAGUUCUAAAAAAAGAAGAUACCUUGUGGAUAAAUCAUUUUCUGUAGAAGAAAAUGACAUUAAAAUCAAGAAAAAGAAAAAAGAAACUGCCGAACAAAAUAUAACGGAACAACAAAAUGAAGGAGAAAAGAUAUCCAAAGCUGAAUUUGAAGACAAGAAUAAUGUCUAUGGUAAUCAGAUAGAUGCAACACAUAAUAAUAGAGAAGGUAUAAAUGAAGAAAAAUAUGCCCUGGAAAAAUCACUUGACGAAAGCAAUGUUAAAGUCAGAAAAAGAAGAAAAACUGUAGGUGAAACUGUAACAGAUCAGCAAAAUGAAAAAGAACAAGUGCCAAAAGAAUUUAAAGACAAGAAUAAUACUUACGCUAACGAAAUAGAUGCAACAGAUAAUGAUCGACAAAGUAUAAAAAAAAAGGUUUUUCUUUCUGAAAAAUCAAGUAAUAAAGAAGAAAAGGAUAGUAAAGUUACUGGAAACAGUACUACAGGAAAUCAAGAAUCACAAAUUUCGAACAAGAAUCGCAACAAAAUUAUAGAAAAAAGAAAGAGAAGACACACGAUAAGCAAUACGAUCACUGUAGAAAAUAUUAGUGAAGAAGCGGUAAAAGAAUGCCAAAAACCAGCGACAAGUUCGAAUGAAAAUAAAAUGGAUUUGGAACAUCUGUCCAAAGAAAAAAAGAGCAAUGAGACAGAUACUUUAUCACAAACUGAAAAACAUUCCAUAAGAGAUUUCGACAUGAGGAGUAGUGAUAUCGAGGAAACUAAAAGACGACGAAAGGAAGAAGAAAAAGACGAAAGAAAGAAGAAAAAGAAUCGGAAAAAGAGAAAUAAAAAUUUGGGCAACGAUAUUUGCAGUAAGAUAGGAUUGCAAAUAAUGGCAAAGUCAGAUUGGAAGCGUCUUAGAAACAAAUAUUUAGAUUUGCAAAGAUCUAAAAUGUCACAAUUAAAAAUGCAUUUGAGAAAAGCUGAGGGAGACAGAGGCGGAAUCAUGACAAAAUUGUAUCACGAAGACUGGUCAGUAACGCACAUUGCACGUAAACCUGGACAUACAUUGGAUGAUGAAUCAACACAUGAAAAUAAUGGCGCGAAAUCUAAUCAGGAGGAAAAGUCUGUUGGACGCGUUAAUUAUGCGCCAGGAAUUAUAGUGAAAGUCGAAAUGGAUGAGCCUUGCAUAAAUGUGCAGAAUUUUAAGAUGGAGUUAAAAGACAACAAUUCUGUGAAAUAUAUAGAUGUAACAGCUGAUUCUUGUGAAGCUUAUGUGAGAUGUGAUACAGCAGAAACGGCUCAGGCAUUUAUCCAGAAGAGCUAUGAAGGAAGACGUUUAACUAUUUUAGAAGGUGAUGAAGAGAAGUUAUAUUGGGAUAAAAUGGCAAAAGAUAGGAUGGAAAAGUUGAGUAAAAAAGGAAGAGUCAAGCAAAGGGGACGUAAUAAAUUACUGAAACGAGCAGAAAAAGAACUUGGAAAAUGUAUAAAGUUUGAUCAAGAUUGAUUAAGAUUGAUUUAUGGCAUUAAACACUAUUCAAUUUUAUACAACAUUUUUAAUGUAUGUAUACACUUCAUACAAAUUCAUGUAAUGCAUAUGUACGCACAUGUCUGUAAAUAACAUCUGUCUGUUGCAUAGUUAAAAUUUAAAAAAGUUUGGAAAAAAUUAACCUGUAUAAAAUAUUUAAUUUUUUUUGUCAUUUACAAUAUCAUUAUAGUUACAUAUUUAGCAUUAAAGUACACACAUAUAAAAUA